CCGGAAGCUGCGGCGACUCGGCGGCGCCCGCCGCUCGGAGGCUGUGGGUCCCCGCAGGCGAUGGGCCCCGCGGGCUCCUGGGAGCGCGCCACGUGGGUGCUGGCCGGGGGCCUCCUGGCGGUGGCGCUGGCGCCAGGGGGCCGAGGCUGUGUCGGCGCCAGCUCAGGUCCCCGCUGGCGCCCCCUCGGCGCGCAGCCACCCCGGGACGCUCCGGUGGCUCCGGGGUCUGGGCCUGGCCUAGGGAGCGGGGCGGGGCCCGAGAGCAGCACGCAGGACUUGCCCUGUACGAUUUGGCCCAAAGUGGAAUGCUGUCACUUUAAGACUGCAGUGGAAGCACCACUUGGAGUGAAAUUGGACGAGAAAAUGGAAGUCUGUAUCCCACUGUCAACUUCUGCAGCCUCUAGUGGGCCCUGGGCUCAUUCCUUUUUUGCUUUUAUACCCUCCUGGCCUAAGAAGAACUUAUUUAAAAGAGAGUCUCCGAUAACACACCGCCUGUAUGGAGACAUUUCAAGAGAACUUCAAGGGACUUCUGAGAAUGGAGUAAUUUUUCAGAAAUGUGCACUGGUGUCCGGGCCGAGCGAAGCACAGACAGCCCACAUAUGGCUGUUAGUUAACAACACCAAGACACCCUCGUCAGCCAACCUCUCAGAGCUGCUCUUGCUGGACAGUAUCGCUGGUCUCACCAUUGGAGAAUCCACUGGAAACAGAACCUCAGAAGGAUUCCAGGCUUUUAUUAAGAAGUUUCUGCAAGUGGGAGAUGCCUUUGCCAUCAGCUACACAGCCACCCUCCAGGCUGGAGACAUCUGGAACGGAGAAAGCCUCAAACUUCCUGCCCAGCUCACCUUUCAGAGCUCGUCACAGAACAGAACAGAGCUGAAAGCACUUUUUACCAUAACGGCAGAAGAAAGCAUAAGGGUUCUGCCAAACCAUGGCCUCCACGCAGCGGGGUUCUUCUUCGCCUUCCUCCUCUCCCUUGUGCUAACCUGGGCUGCCCUCUUCCUCGUGGUUCGCUAUCAGUGUCCGCAGGGAACCGUGCUCACCAGACGUCGGGUUUGGCAGCACGAGAGCAAGCUGGAACCCUUGCCGUUCACCUCAGCUGACGGUGUGAGUGAGGACCUUUCCCUUAACGACCAAAUGAUAGACAUUCUGUCUUCCGAGGACCCUGGGAGCAUGCUUCAAGCCUUAGAAGAGUUGGAGAUUGCAACCCUGAAUCGAGCAGACGCAGAUCUAGAGGCUUGUCGAACACAAAUCAGCAAGGACAUCAUUGCCCUUCUACUGAAAAAUCUCACCAGCAGCGGCCACCUCUCACCCCAAGUAGAGAGAAAAAUGAGUGCUGUUUUCAAAAAGCAGUUUCUGUUGCUGGAAAAUGAAAUACAAGAGGAGUACGAUCGGAAGAUGGUGGCAUUGACAGCUGAAUGCGACCUGGAAUCAAGAAAGACGAUGGAAAACCAGUACCAGAGAGAGAUGAUGGCAAUGGAGGAAGCAGAAGAGUUGCUGAAACGUGCUAGUGAGAGGUCUGCUGUAGAAUGCAGCAACCUUCUGCGGACCCUCCAUGGCCUGGAACAGGAGCACUUACGGAAGUCUCUCGCUUUGCAACAAGAAGAAGACUUUGCCAAAGCUCACAGGCAGCUGGCUGUUUUCCAGAGAAACGAACUGCACAGUAUCUUCUUUACCCAGAUAAAAAGUGCUCUUUUCAAAGGGGAAUUGAAGCCAGAGGUGGCUAAAAUGCUGCUGCAAAAUUAUUCUAAAAUACAGGAGAAUGUGGAAGAGUUAAUGGACUUUUUCCAGGCUAAUAAGAGGUAUCACCUGAGUAAAAGAUUUGGCCACAGGGAGUAUCUGGUCCAGAACCUGCAGUCAUCAGAGACCCGUGUGCAGGGCCUUCUGAGCACUGCUGCAGCCCAGGUGACCCACCUCAUUCAGAAGCAUGAGAGAGCGGGGUACCUGGAUGAAGACCAAAUGGAAAUGCUGUUGGAACGGGCUCAGACAGAAGUCUUUUCAAUCAAGCAGAAGCUGGACAAUGACUUAAAGCAGGAAAAGAAAAAGCUCCACCAAAAACUAAUAAUUAAGAGAAGACGAGAGUUGCUGCAAAAGCACCGGGAGCAGCGGAGGGAGCAGCUGUCCAUCGCCGAGGCCUUCCAGGCGGCCGAGGAUGCCGGCCAGUACCUGCGCCAGUGGAGGAGCCUGAUGGAGGAGCACGGCGCCGCCCUGGAGGAGCUGCAGGAGCGUCUGGACCAGGCCGCCCUGGACGAUCUCAGGGCCCUGACCCUCUCGCUGUUCGAGAAGGCCACCGACGAGCUGCGGCGCCUGCAGAACUCGGCCAUGACCCAGGAGCUCCUCAAGCGCAGCGUGCCCUGGCUCUUCCUGCAGCAGAUCCUGGAGGAGCACGGCAAGGAGAUGGCCGCGCGGGCCGAGCAGCUGGAUGGGGAGGAGAGGGACAGGGACCAGGAAGGUGUCCAGGGCGUGAGGCAGAGACUGAAGGACGACGCUCCCGAGGCGGCCACGGAGGAGCAGGUGGAGCUGAGACGCUGGGAGCGCCUGAUCUUCAUGAAGCUCUGCUCCUCAGUCUUCUCCCUGUCUGAAGAGGAGCUGCUCAGGAUGAGACAGGAGGUCCAUGGCUGCUUUGCUCAGAUGGACAGGAGCUUGGCCCUCCCCAAAAUCCGGGCCCGAGUUCUGCUGCAGCGAUUUCAGACUGCGUGGCGAGAAGCAGAGUUCCUGAAGCUGGACCAGGCCCUAGCGGCCCCCGAGCUGCAGCCGCAGUCCAAGGCGAGAAAGUCGCGAUCCAAGAGUAAAAGCAAGGGAGAGCUUCUGAAGAAGUGCAUCGAAGAUAAAAUCCACCUCUGUGAGGAACAGGCCGCUGAAGACCUGGCUGAAAAGGUCCGAGGUGAAUUGCUACAGGAGAGAGUGCAGCGGCUAGAGGCGCAGGAAGGAGGCUUUGCGCAGUCGCUUGUUGCUCUGCAGUUCCAGAAGGCAGCCCGGGUGACCGAGACCCUGUCGGCCUACACCGCCCUCCUCAGCAUCCAGGACUUGCUCCUGGAAGAGCUGAGUGCGUCUGAGACGCUGACCAAGUCGGCCUGCGUGCAGAUUCUGGAGUCACACAGCCGGGAUCUCCAGGAGCUGGAGAGGAAGCUGGAGGACCAGCUGGUGCAGCAGGAGGCAGCCCAGCAGCAGCAGGCCCUGGCGAGCUGGCAGCAAUGGGUGGCCGAUGGGCCCGGGAUUCUGAACGAACCUGGGGAGGUGGAUUCUGAAAGGCAGGUCUCUACUGUCCUGCAGCAAGCCCUGAGCAGGAGCCAGACGCUACUUGAGCAACAUCAGCAGAGUUUGAGAGAAGAGCAACAGAACAGUGUCGUCCUAGAAGACUUGUUGGAAAACAUGGAGGCAGACACCUUCGCAACCCUGUACAGCCAGGAUGGUGAUGAGGAGCCUUGGGAACUGCAGAGCACAUGUGUGCAAAGCCUCUGGCAUGGCCCAGCACACAGAGGGCACUCAAUCAGUGCUAAUGGCAGCAACCACAACAGUAAUCACGUUUCCCCCGUCGAUGUUUUCUGUGGUUUGUCAGGCACCCAGAUAUUCUCCUUCUUCUCUAUCUUUAACUAAGUUUAGUAUACAAAAACUAGGUUCUAUCAGGAACAAAGUGGGUCAGAGAAAACUGGGCCAGAGCCAUAAAUCAGCGAUAUUGCACCCCACAUGACACCUCUCUGAGUUGAGAUCAGCCAGCCUUUCUCAUCCUUGGCCAGAGUCACAGCACUCACCUCCCUUCCUGAUACACAGCCCCGAGGCCGUGCAUGGAGCCUUAUGCAGUCACGUACCUGACUGUCUGCUACUGGUCGGGUUUUAUACGCAUCCUGCGAUGGGCUUCCUGUGCUUCUGGUGUCUGUAAGUAGCAGGAAAUAUGAUUUCAUACAGUGGUGAAUGCAAGCCACAUGACUCUGGAGAGGCGCUUGCUCACACAGUGACAUCAGGGUCAUGUUCUGCGAUUCUUUUCACAGUUCCUUCUCACAGUUUCCAGCUGCCAUAACUUUCAGAGCAACGAAAGAAGUGGAAGAACUGCCACCAUGCCUGCUCUUUCUCAUCAAGGAAACAAAUGCCCCCAAGUCCCUGCAGCGAUUCCCCUCCCAACCUGAAAGCUGGCCCGCAGGCCUUGCUAGCUGCAGGGGAGGUGCAAGUCACUUACCCCCAGCCUCUGAGAAGGGAGUCAGCAGGGAAGAGGGGUUGGGGCACUUUUAGGUUUCCAGCCGGCUACAUCCAGCUUCCUGAAUGGAUUCGUUUUUUGUCAUUGCUGUCACAAAUGACCACAAACAGCAGCUUAUCACAGCUACAAACUUACCUUGUAGUUCUGUAGGUCAGAAAUCCAACAUGGGUUUCUCCAGGCUAAAAUCAAGGUGUUGGCAGAUUUGCCUGCCUUUCAGAAGCUUUAGGGGGAGAAUCUGUUUCCUGUUCACUUAAGUAAUUGGCAGGGCUUGGUCCAUUGUGGUUGUAGGACUGAGGUCCUUGUUUCUUUGCUGGCUGCCAGCCAGGGGAUAUUCCUGGCCUCCGGUGGCACCUACAUUCCUUGGCUUAUGGCAUCCUUUCUUCAUCUUCAAAGACAGCAAAAUCGUAUCUCUCUGGCCCUUCUUCUGGCCUCAUCAUCUCUCUCUCUGACCUAACACAGAAGGAAGAACCUCUGCUUUUAAGGAUCCACAUGAUGAUUACGUUGGAACCACCUGGAUAAUCUAAGAUAACCGCUUUCCCACCCCAUCUCCAGGCCCUUGACCUUACUCCCAUCUGCAAAGUACCCUUCCCCUUGUAAGGUGACAUUUGCGUAGGUCCCAGGAUGGGCGCGUGGACAUUUUGGAGAGGGGUCAUUAUUCUGUCGACUGUACCAAACAAGGUGCCACUGUUAGCACUGGAGUGACAGUGUCCAAACAGGGCAGGGAGGAGCCGGUGCUUCCUGCACACCUGCCAUGCACUAAGUGCUGUCCUAGGCACUUAGGUCUGUUAUUCAUUUAAUCCUUGCAGAAAGAUGGAAAACAGGCAGUAUUAUCCUGUUUUAUGAAUAAAGGGACUGAAGCACAGAGAGGUGGUGAAGGCAUGAGGGCUUACAACUGCGGGUGGCGGGCUCAGGAUUCAGCCCAACCUGGUGCUGCACAGACUGUGCUCUUCCUGACCAGCUCUGAAGGGUCUGAAGCAGAUGACCACCCCUGGCCUCUGUCUCUGCGUAACUGAGCCACCUCCCACUCUCCACUUUGAUUCCCCCACCUUUUUCUUUGUUACUUUGAGACUCCACAGAAAGCCAGUAUCACCAGUGGAAUUUCAGCCAGGUUCAUUUAUAGAUUGUGGGCCCUUUCCAAUUGUGAACUCUGCAUGCAUCUCAGUCUGCUUCUGCUAUCAUUCAAAAUUCCUAGAUUGGAUAAUUUAUCAAGAACAGAAAUUCUUGGCUGGGCAUCGUGGCUCACACCUGUAAUCCCAGCACUUUGGGAGGCCAAGGCG